GUCGUUGCUCCAUCCGAGCCACAUUCCUAUCUGAAAGGCUAAAUUUAUCUUAGAAAAAAAAAAUGAAAAUUAGCAUCACAUUUCUUACUUUGGCACUAUUUGGUUUAGUUAACAGUGGUUACCUCUCCGACGACCAUGGAACAGGCUAUGGUGCAUUAAGUUCAAUAGCUCAAGGAUCCGCGGCAGACGCACACAACGCAGUUUCCAGUCAACACUAUGCGGCACAAAAGGCCUCAUACGUAGCAAAAACCACCCUAGCUCUCCAGGCUGCUCAAGCAGCUGCAACCGCCCAAGCAGCCUUGGCUGGAAAGCAUGUCCUUCUUCAAUUUCUGGAGAAACUUCGUGAUGAAGCCCACAAAGCCUUGGAAGCAGAACUGGCUCAAUUGCAAUCUGCCAAACACACAGCGGCAGCUACAGCUCAAACUGCGCAGCAAGCAGCCAAGCAAGUGGCAAUCCUUCAUGAAGCUCUGAGAAGUGCUGAAGAAUUGGCUCACCAAGCGGAUGCUGCCGCAGGACAUGCAGCCGAAGAGCUAGCAUCGCAAAGCAAAAUGGUUGCUCAGGCGAAAGCCCGGUUGGCUGAACUUGAGCAUAAGUUGGAAGCAACUAGGGCUGAUUUUGUUGCAACUAAAGCGGCUGCACAAAAGGCAGCUGCAUUCGCUCAGAAGGCGAAAGCCAAUGCCGCUGCUGCAGGUCAUGGAGGAGGCGACUCUUCAGGACAUGGUGGAUCGUUUGGAUAUUAAAAUGUUGAAUAGUGUAUUUAAAAAAAAAGUUGUGAUAAAUGAGAAUUCAAUGUAAGUGACCAUUGUUAACUUAUCCUUAUUUAUAAUAAAACUUUUAGUUACUAAAUGAAAGAAGUAAUGCAGAAAUACGCAUUAAUUAAAAGUUCGUACAUUAGUACAACCAUUAAAUAACUUAAAAAACAAAAAAAACUAAAAAAAAUCAAUCGAUCUGAAUAUUAA